CAGGUCUCUCCUGAACGCCGUUGCCAUGACGACAAAAUGUAAACAAACAGAGUUAAAUACCUCGCAAGAUAAUAACACUGACACGUGCACUACAUAAGGGAGGAUGAGUGCCCGUCGAGGUCCUGCUGAAGAGGAAGCUGAGGAGGUUGAUGGAGGCCCAGGACUGGCAUACAUGCCAUUUGUUGUUAUGGAUGAUUUGUUAGAUAAACUCAAACUUCUCAAUUAUGAUAAAGAUUUCCUCAUGGAGCUAAGAAUGAAACCAGUGAGCAGACACUAUUUUGCUGUGGCGACCAACCCUGGAGAGCAAUUUUAUUUGUUUACGUCACUUAGUGCAUGGUUGAUUCGCAAGACAGGGAGGCACAUGGAACAGCCACAAGAAUACGAUGAUCCCAAUUCAACUAUCUCCAGCAUACUUGACCACCUUAGACAGUUGGGUGUUACAUUUGAUUUUCCUCCUAGCAAGUUAAAGACUGGGCAUGGUGAACAUGCCAUCUUUGUUCUUGAUCGUCUGGCAGACUUUGCACUGAAGCAAUCAAAUUUUUUGUGGAAAAAACCCGUAUAUCCUGCUGAAGACACUGGAGGUGAUGAAGGAGAAGUCGAAGAUGAAGCAGAAUUGACGCUAGACAAAGUGGAGGAAGAAAUGAUGGCUGAAUAUGAUGAUAAUGAUGAUGAGGAAGAAGAAAACAUCCUUCAUAUGGAUGAUCUUAAAGACUUAACUAGACAGAAGGAUGGGGAUGCUUGGCCGCACGAGAUCUUACAUUCUACUACUACAUCUGAAGAAUGGAAACUGGAACUGGAACGUGUUCUCCCACAGUUAAAAGUUACUAUAAGAUCAGAUAAUCGUGACUGGCGAUCUCAUAUUGAGCAAAUGCAUGAACAUAAAGCCAAGAUAAAUGAAACAUUCAACUUCACUCAAAAGCAACUUGAUGGGCUUCACUCUGAAAUUUCUCGUAGUCUCGACAAGAUUGCUUCUCGGGAAAAAUACUUAAAUGGUCAGCUUGAGCCCUUAUUGUUGGAGUAUCGGAACCUUCAGAAUGUGGCAGCAGAGAGUCGAGAACAAUAUCGCCAAGUGUCAACAAAACUUGUGGAGAAAUCUCAUGAACUAGCACAAAUAUCUGAUGAACUGGAUAGAGUAAAGCAUGAGAUGGAAGAACGAGGCUCCAGCAUGACUGAUGGCACUCCUCUGGUGAACAUUCGGAAAGCACUGACACGAGUACGGCAGGAGAUCACAGCCAUGGAUGUUCGCAUAGGAGUAGUGGAGCAGAAACUGCUCCAGGCUAAACUCAAGCACAAAUCCAACAUGCAGCGAGAUAUGAAUGCUCCUGUUUACAACAAUAUGGACAUGGGUCUUUUCUAGUGUUUGAACUGAUUCCUGUCUUUUACUGUACCAUACACACACUUUGAGCCUUUUGAAGUGAAUAUAUUAACUGGAUAUUUUCUAAUGUUAAUGUAGCUUUGAAUAUAAUGGUGGACACUUAAAUGUUUAAUUUAAGUGACAUAAUACUGUAGAUACAAAUUCUGUAUAUCAAUACUGAAUCUCCAAAAAAUCUGAUUUUCAUUUAAUUGACAUUCACCUGAUUACUUCUUUUAAACACAUCUUGUGAGCUUUUGGUAUACCUGUCAUCUUGGGCUAUGAGAACACCCAUCUCCACUUGGCAAUGCAUCAAUCGGUGUUUCCUAUACCUCCCAAGCCUCAAUUAAUAAGCAUGUUUCCUAUGGGUUGUACAGUUUUUACACCAUUUGCCGAUGUGGUGUGGAUACCUUGUUUUCUCAUGCAUUUUAUAUUUAAUUUUAUUUCUAAUGAAGAAGCAGAGAAUGUUACAAUGUUGCUUUCAUUUCAUAUGUGGGUUGGGUUACUUAUCUAUUAAAUUAAUCAAGAAAAUUCAAUAGGUUAUGUUUGUACUAAUUAAUCACCCAAAUUUGUAUGUACUUUCUUGCACACAGCUUUAAGACUUGCUCAAAAUGUUAACACAAAAUUUAAAAGUAUUUUUAUUAUGGGGUAAUCCUUUCCCCCUCCCCUUCCUCUUGUGGCCGCUUCCCGAACCAUGAACACAUAUAGUCCACCCUAACAGUGAAAACGUGCCAGGGUCUUUCAGCUUACUCCCUCACUGUGUCAGGGAUCUUUGCUAAUAGUCUUGCCUCUCAAAAUAAAGAGAUGACUGUCCACCACUGAACGACUAGUUCAAUUACUCUAAGGAAAAAAACAACAAUAAAUUGAAUGAUUAAAUUGUCCACAUUAUCUGGAUCUCCAGAUGGGUUCAUUCCCAGUUCAUUUGGUCUGAUUCGACCUAUGCUUACAAUGUUAACGCAAUCAACUAUGGUAAUUUAAUUAAUAUAUGAUGUACAGUAUUAAUAAAUACUAAAGCACCAUGAUAUUGAUGUUUUCUAUACAUUGGCCUCGAUCAUUUAGCUGGGCUGCUUGGAGUCAUACAUUUCUGAUUAGGCAAAACUUGCAUUUUUUCACGGAGUGGCAAAUCUAGAUAAAAGACUGAAUUAGUAGACCACUAUAUCAUUUGUCCAACUAUUUUAAUAUAUUCAGUCUACUCUUGGUUUUUACAUGGUGGCAUUUAAUGUCCUCUACUUGCAAACAGGGUAAAUGUUGAGACCCAUAUGAUUACUGUGUUUGUAACAGUAAGCCCUGUUAAGCUUUUCAAGGUAUUCCUAGCGAAGGGAAGGGAGCUACUAGGAGAAAGCACCAAGUCAUUAUGACUAUGUAGCACAUUGAAGGGAUCAGGAUAAGGUUUGGGGAUGGGAUGGAAGGAAGGAAUGGUGCCCAACCACUUGGGAAGUCAGGAAUUGAACACCGACUUGCAUGAAGUAAGACCAUCGCUCUAUCGUUCAGUCCAAGGGGUUGGGCAGUACCUCUGGCCAACAAAUGACUAUUGCCUAAGAUGUAGUCAGCAAUAAUCAAUAAAUUUUAGGGUACAGUACCUAUUUAGUUAGGUAAGCAAAGGCAUAGCAUGAAAAGAAAUGUGCCAAAUAUCUUCCCCUGCCCAGGAAUCAAACCGAAAACCAGUUGGGUCCAAGCUGAUUGUACUAACCACCGUGCAACAGUUUUGCAAUUGUUAUCAGCCUUGCCUUGAUUGUUGUCUAUUAUUAUCCACCUACUAUGAUGCACUUUCAACCUUGACUGCCUGCCAGCUUUUGCCUGCCUCCUUUACCCUUGUCUAUGCCUGUAGACCUGCUCUCCAGCACAGUGGUCAACACAGAUGGUUCACAAUCCAGGCAGUAAGAAACAUUUGGGCACUUUUCCUUAUACCUAAUGUCUCUGUUUGCCUAGCAGUAAACAGGUAUCCAAGGGUUAAGCAACUGCUGUGCUUACCUGUCUCCAACAAUACGAUACUGAAAAUCAUAAUCUGUAUGGAUAAUUAUAAUGAAACUUCACUGUAUAAUUAUACAAUGAAGUAUUAUCGAGACAAUGAGAUGGGGUCCCACCAGGGUGCACUUGCACCCCAGUGUUUCUCUGCAGUCAUUUUGCUGUUGAUACAAGUGACAAUCCUACGAUCACAUUUCUCCCUGUCUGCAGUCAUGGACCCCUUGAGCAAAAACCAAUACCAUUUGAGUUUUAAACAACUGUUCUAGUCACUAAUUUAUUUUUGUCUAUAAUUUUCACUAUACAGUAUACUGUAUAUAUAUAUUUAUUUGUUUAUUGUAACACUGGACAGUGUGCUGUAGUACAUGUAAGCAAUUAAAAUAAAACAAAAACUCAA